AUGCCUCAACAAAAUCCAGUAGUAUUGGCAAAGGUGUCCGAACUCCUUAAAACAGAAGAUGAUCUUGCCAAGGUGGAAGCACUCACGCGCAACUUACGCAAAGAGAAAUCCACCAUUGAUUCACAGAUCAAGAUUGAAGAAGAGCGUGGUAUGGACAGUGUGCAACGAAUGAUCAAUCAGAUGCAAGCGGCAAAUAAGCACUUAAAGGAAUUAGGGUAUAGUGUUCAAAAAUUGGACGAUUUACAAAAGGAUUCAACGUCCAAUAGCGAGGUGUCUGCCGUUUUCGAUCGGGCUGCAACUGCUUUGAAGAAUUUAACCGAUGUCGAGGAGAUCUACAAUGGAUUUAAGACACUUGAAGAGAAGAUGAACCUAAUUGAGGCACUUAUGGCCAUCGAGUUGCCGGAAGGUAGCGACUAUUAUUCAGAGACUUCUAGUGGUGAUAACCUUUUAAUUAUACAUUACGAGCUAACAGCUCUUCGAGAUUUCAGAGAUAAGAUCAUUGCUUUGGGCAUGAGGUCUUCCCCUGAUGUGCAACAGGCUGUGGACAAAUCAUUUGACCGUUUAGAUAAGUUGAUUGACAACUUUGAUUAUAUGUUGAGCCUGGUUGUGGAUGGGUUUAUUGAUAUCAUUGGAUGCGAAAAUUAUGGGCUGGUCAUUAAACUCGUCAAGAUCAUCCAGUAUGAAGCUAACGAGGAUUUAAAGUUUCAGUUGCUGGAUAAGAUUAUGAAUAUGAAACAAGAGAAUGAAGUGGUUCCCAACACUUCGCUGAAUGUGAAACGGUCCGAACCUCGUAGAUAUAUGGAGAAGUUUGAGAAUGACUUCCAAAGUACAAUCAAUGCAUCGUUCAAAAACUUGGCCGAGGAUAGCGAGUAUGGUCAGAUGUUAAAAUUACUUGACGAAAACUACUAUGAUACCUUGGGAGUUUACUCCGAUGCUGUGGAAAAAUGCUUUCCCUCAGAAUGGCACUUCUUUGACAAGAUAUUGAGCUGGAACCAAUCAAGUUUGCGAAAGAUAUUCCUCAAAAUGUUGGAGGAUCAGUCUGUAGCAAACAGUGUUAUCGUUCAGAUACUCAACUUUGAGUAUGAAAAUAAAAAGAAGUUGAAGGAGAUUUUUCACAUCUCCAAAGAACAGUUGAAGAUAGUGGGAAUAAUUACCGACGCAAAGAAGGAUGAGCUACUUGAGUCGUGUUUGAAGUUCAACAACAGUAAGACAGACGAGUGGAUCAAAAACUCGUUGAAGUCUUCCAUAACGUUGUUCCAGACUAGAACCAAGGAGCCUCCCGAUUCUAAAGAUGAGAAAUUGGGCAUCGAGUCUGCUCAGAUGGUUGUGGAGAUCCUCCGUUCGAACAUUCAUGCCUUGGCAGAAUUGGGUGAUUCUAAAGUGAUGUUGAAGUAUCUUGAUUUCUUUGCCUCCAAAAUUAUGAAAUACUACUAUGAUCUUUGGAACCAUGCACUGGACGAUGAGGUAAAGAAGUGGACAUUACCGGAAAACGGAAAGGAAGACGACAAGAAAGAAAUUGAUCCCACUAUAGGAUAUAUGCCGCGGUAUAUUACGGUAUUAGCAAAUGAUUGCGUGAAAUUAGUGGAUGCAUUAGACUCACAAUUCGGUGAGGUUAAAAAACUUGUGCAUGCAAGUUUCCAUGAGCAGGUAGAUGAAAUUGCAGGAAGGGCCAGUGGAUAUGCUAUUGACCUUGGCAUUGAUUGCUUGAAGAAGUUGAACGGCUUCAUUGUUGUGGAAUACCAGCCCUUCUUGAGCGAGGUAUUCUCAAAGCAAUGGUAUAAAUCAUCAAGUAUGAUUGAAUUAUCACUACAGAUCGUUGAUGAAUCAUAUAUGGGACCAUUACAAGAAUUCUUACAACAAGAGUUAUACAUAUCAUUGUUUGAGAUCGUGUUUGAUCAAUAUCUACUAUCAUAUUUAAAUGCUCUCUUCUUGAAACAUUCAAUCAGGGAAGACAAAUUUGCAGAUAGAAUUGAAAGAGACGGCAAUUUGAUACAACAGACAUUCUCCAAUUAUGAUACGGCGGGUAUAAUUGGAGAUCAGCUGUACAUAUUGGAUAUUUUGAUCAACAUAUCUACUUGCGACCAUGAAGACGAAUUUAUUGAGCAAUGGAAAUCGGCAGUGGAAGUAUUUAACGAUUUACCGAUAGACUUCCUACAGAUUAUACUUGACAAUAAGGGUAUACGCGAUUCCAAGGAGAAUAGUGUUUUAGAAAGAUGUCUGGCGAUAUCCAAGCAGUUUGCUGUGGCUAAUGGCGAUAACCAAGCGCCAACCUUCAUGUCUGACUUUCAUUUUCAUUCCGCUAGAAAAUAG